AAGAAAAUAAAAACAACGAGGAGUCUGAUUUAUUUAACAAUCAAGAAGGAGGUGUUGAAUAUGACACCGAAGUUAGAAAUCUUUUGAAUGAAUCAGAGACCUGUUCACAGGAACUUAGCACCAUUCUAGCCGCUUUUAGAACCUAUCAACAUGAAGCAAAGAAUAUUCUUUCGGAAAAUGAAAUUAUGGAUUUAAGACCAUCUUCUGAAUUUGUUCUCUUGUGCCUAAAAGAAGUGGAGUAUGACUUGUUAAUCGAAAAGGUUUUUGAGCCUAUUGACAAAAUCUUUCCAAAAGAGGCCGAUGACUUUCUAAUCGAUUUCUUUUCAGAGAAACUAAGCGAACAACAAUGGGAGGAUAAAAUCGAAAGCUUGAUGGAAGAUAAUGCAGGGCAAAAUAAAUUUAUAAUAAAGUUAAAAAGAUUAAUAAUAGAAACGUUACCGAUUUUUUUUGACUCCUACAAAUUAAUGUCUGAUAAUCCACUUAAAAAUAAAGAAAUGACAGAAGAGGAAUACAUGAAUACUUAUAUUAAUCCGAUUUUAAAAAAUGCAUUGACCCGGUUUUCCGAUAUUAGAUAUGUUCCAGGUGGCAAGGCUAUCAAAGCCUCUACGUAUCGAAAAACCAUGAUGGAAGGAAACCCUGCAAUUUUCCUCUUUUUAUCGCGCAAUUGUAACUUGGGCAGAGAAGCCGAUAAAAAAUUUCAAGAAUCAAGGAAUAAAAGGAGUUCACGUCUAAGCAAUUCUCACAAUAUACGAAAAUUGCUAAGGCUUUCACAUAAUGACGAUCGGGGCG